UAUCAGCGGAAGUUUACGUCGCCAUGUUGAAUACCAGAGCAUUUUGUCUCAAGAAUUAGAAAACUGCUUAUCAAAGCAUUUAUAAAAUGAAGCUCAAACGAUUUCUUCUCAGAUAUUAUCCACCUGGUAUUAUUUUGGAAUAUGAACAAGGAGGAGUGCUCAAGACCAAAUCUAUAGAUUUACUUGAUCUUUCACCCACAACUAACAUUGAUCAAGUGGUUGAAGAAAUAACACAAAAAGAGCCCCUCAUCACACCAUCCAAAGUUGAACAAGUGAAAAAACUUGUGGCUCGUCUUCAAGAAAAAAUUGGCCAGAAAGAAGAUCAUCAAUUCUAUUUAUUCAAGGUCCUGAGAGCUCAUAUACUGCCUUUAACAAAUGUUGCAUUUAAUAAAUCUGGUUCAAGUUUUAUAACAGGGAGCUAUGACAGAACUUGCAAAGUCUGGGAUACCAGCUCUGGGGAAGAAAUCCACACAUUAGAUGGUCACAGAAAUGUAGUCUAUGCUAUAUCUUUCAACAAUCCUUAUGGGGAUAAGAUUGUGACAGGAUCAUUUGAUAAAACUUGUCGCAUCUGGAGUUCAGAGAGUGGGAAAUGUUUCCAUGUAUAUAAAGGACAUACAGCUGAGAUAGUUUGUGUUAGCUUCAACCCACAGAGUACACUGAUAGCUACAGGAAGUAUGGACACUUCCUGCAGGAUUUGGGAUGUAGAGAAAGGGACGGACAUUGCCAAUUUAACUGGACAUACUGGCGAGAUUAUCUCCCUUUCUUUCAGCUCAACUGGUUCAGAGCUGAUCACAGCAUCAUUUGAUCAUACUGUGUCAUUGUGGGAUGUCCGCUCUCACAAACGUAUUCAUACAUUGGUGGGUCACAAGGCAGAAAUUAGCAGUGCGCAGUUUAACUGGGACUGUUCUCUUAUAGCCACCGGCUCUAUGGAUGGUACUUGUAAACUUUGGGACAGAGCCUCAGGUCGCUGUACAGCCACACUCAAGGCUCACGCUGAUGAAAUCUUAGAUGUUGGCUUUGAUUGCACUGGUCAGAGAAUUCUGACUGCUUCUGCUGACAACACAGCCUGCUGCUACAAUGCUCUUACCAAUCAGCAAAUUUCUAAGUUUUUAGGACACGAGGGGGAAAUAUCAAAGAUCACAUUCAACCCUCAGGGGACAUUGGUCAUGACAGCAAGUGCGGAUAAAACAGCUCGGCUUUGGGACCCUGAGACUGGUGAAUGCAAACAAGUUCUGGAAGGUCACACUGAUGAAAUAUUCAGCUGCGCAUUUAAUUACGAAGGAACUACAAUUAUAACAGGAAGCAAAGACAACACAUGCAGAGUUUGGCGAUAACAAAGUAUUGUGGGAUAGAUAAAACAAAGCUUCAUCUCUAUGACCAAAUACCACCAAGUGCAAUGUUCUGGGGCGGAGUCUAUUGACAGUAUUAAUUUUAAAAUAGACGAAUUUUUAAAAUGAGUCUACAAUUUCAUUUAUAUUCAAGUUUUUUAUGUUAGUGGGGGAGAUUUUGAGAUUGUUGUGUAAAGAAAGUUUUUUCUUUUCCUGAAUAGUCCUGAAAAGCUCUGUUUUAGAAAUGUUUAUUAUACACAUACAUAAAACUGCUGAUUUGCUUUACAAAACAAGUCAAUGUGUUGAUUUGAUACAUGUAUAUAUAAAUCUGUAUUUUUCUACUUUCCUCCCAUUGUAUUUGUGACAGUAGGUGGCCCUGUGACUACAAGCUGAUUAAAGAACUUUUUAUGAAUGUAUACAGUCAGAUUGUACUAUCUUGCAUAACUAAGUUUAUUUUGCAGUUGCUGAAAGCAAAUUGAAAAUUUUUUUUACUAAUUAGCUUAUGGCACUUGGAUGGCUGCCUGGUUGUUUGGUAUGUACUCUGGACCUUCCCAGAUUUGAACCCUGCCCUUCGCCAUCCUGCAUGAGGUUUGGACUAGGAUGUAAUCAUUUUCACUUUCGAAGGAACAUCCAAAACAUGUAAAACAAAGAAAUGUUCCUACACAGUAUCAAAAUGUUUAUAAUGGAAAAUAAUAGUUCAAAAUAGAUUCUGUGAUGAUUUUAUAUAUAUAUAUAUAUAUAUAUAUAUAUAUAUAUUUGUAAGGAAACAAUAUUGGGUGUUCACAUGAUAAUCUAUUUACUAUCCUACUAUUUUUUCAUUUGUAAGGACUAUACAUUACAACUUUGUUUAUUUCUUGAGUAUUCGUAUUCUUGGUAACUUCAUAGUAAGAGAAACUAUCUUGAAAUUUCAGUAAACAAUUAUAUACUUAUGCCGUCCAAUAGCUGCAUUGAGCUAUCACAACUAUUUUUUUUUUUAUUUUCUAAAAAUGUUUUUCUAAAUUUUGAAAUGUUGUUUUCAUAUCAUAAAUAUGUGUAACUCUUCAAUGUUUAAUGCAUUCAAUCAUCCAGUUUUAUCUUCAGCUGUUUGUGUUUGUUUUUAAUUACAAACUACUAAUUAGAUAAAAAACCUGGUAACUAAUAUUUGUGUCAAUUUUUUAAAUAGUAUAUGUAUUUCAAAAGAUAGUCUAAUCUUUAAAAAUAGAAAAGGCAUUUCAUUUAAUUUCACAGUUGUAUUUUUUGGUCAAAUAUUUCAUUCCUUGGCAGUUAAUAGUUUGAUUAACACUGCCUUCAGUUUUAGUGACUGUUUAGUUUGGUCAUUAUUUCUAUAUUAAUUGUUUCAAUGCAUAGUUUCUAAAUUCUGAAAAUUAAAAAAAAAAGUGUAUAAACUUUUUUGAUUCUGAAAUCAGCUUUGUUGUGUGGUAUGCACUACCUGAGAACCUUUGAUAGUCUCAAUGGUCCUGGGUUCCAGUCCUGCAGGCUUCCAUCAAAACACUGCAGUAAUUUUUUUACUAGAAUGUGAUAAUCUUUCAUUUUGAAGGAACACAGGAAACAUGUAAAAGAAACAUUUUUUAGAAUAACAAGAGAGUGUUUGAAUUUUAUAUAGAGAGUAUUUUUUAAAAAAUUAUUACAUGUGAAUAUUGAUUUUAUUUUAAAAAUGAAGAUAUGCUAAUUUAAUGAAAAGAUGUUUUUGUAAUUUUUAAUCAAAGUUAGUAAUCUGAAAGACAUAUUAAUAAGUUAUUUUAAAGUCAUACUUUAUAGACAUUUCUGGUAAAUAAUUUAAUGACAAAAUAUUUUUUAACAUUUGAAGAUGUGUGUUAUGCUUAUUAGAUUUACAUUUGUUGUUUUUUUUUU